CUAGUCCUCUCGAAAAAGAAGAGAAAAAAAAAGCCUCACGGUCUUCGAUUUCGAUUCAUCACAAUUUCUACCAAUCUCUAUCUCUCUCACAAUUUCGGAGGUGCAAUCUCUUGAUUCUCUUUCACACUUUUGAUUCUCAACUUGCUUUGGUUGAGAUUUUGAGGCAAUCGGUCGGUUAGCGUUGCCCUAACAGCUACCGCUCGUUCAAAGCAGCUGAUUCUAACAAUUCUUAUUCCGUUUCUGAGCUGAGUUCUCUGUUAAGGCAAGAUAAUGAAAGCAUAGUUCAUUCACCAGUUUGUUGGACUAACUAUGAAUCAAGGAGUGGUAUCAGUAUCACGUCCUCUAUCUAUUACCAUACCCUGGUACCACCAAAGAAACUUCAAGACAUUCAAGUUCCCAAAGGUGCUCAAUGCAUUCGCUCUCCGCCACCGCUUUAUUCAUACAAGACAUCCUCCAAUUUGCUGCACACAAAGUAAUCCUUGGGAACCUGCACCAAUCACGUAUGCUUCCAACAAUGAAGCGGAUGACAGCUUCUUGAAAAGAACCGAUAAUAUUUUUGAAAGCCUUAAUGCUGAUAGCACAACUGAAGUUCCAGAAGUAGAGAUUAAAGAGGUUACGGGGGUAAGUAAUCAACCAGAGGUGCAUUUGCAGUUCUUCAAAUGGCCAAUGUGGCUUUUGGGGCCUUCUCUUCUCCUGACAACAGGCAUGGCCCCGACAUUGUGGCUUCCCAUGUCAUCUGUAUUUCUCGGUCCCAAUGUAGCCAGCCUCCUCUCUUUGAUUGGACUCGACUGCCUCUAUAACCUUGGCGCUACGCUUUUUCUUCUCAUGGCUGAUGCUUGUGCCCGGCCUAAACAACCAAUAAAAGCCAUGAACAGCGAGGCUCCUUUCAGUUACCAGUUCUGGAACAUGGUUGCAAAUGUGUUUGGAUAUGUGAUCCCUUUAGUGAUGCUUUAUGGAUCUGAAAGUGGGUUGAUUCAACCCCAGCUGCCUUUCAUCUCCUUGGCAGUUCUAUUGGGUCCCUAUAUUCUGCUCCUUUCAGUACAGGUUUUGACCGAAAUGCUGACAUGGCGCUGGCGAUCGCCCGUUUGGCUGGUUACUCCGAUCGUAUAUGAGGGUUAUCGGAUUUUGCAGCUCAUGAGAGGGUUGAAACUCGGGGCUGAGCUCAGUGCACCGGCCUGGAUGAUGCACACAAUUAGAGGAUUGGUUUCCUGGUGGGUGCUGAUACUUGGUGUUCAACUCAUGAGGGUUGCUUGGUUUGCAGGUCUUGCCUCUCCAUCUCGUAAGCAGGAAAUUGUCUCUAAUGGUUCGUGAUAUUGUUGAUCACAAAGUAAGGGUACGGUGUGUUUGGGAUAACUUUUGAAAAUAUUACUUUUUAAGUAAAAACACUUCUUCUCCGAGCACUUUUUAAAAGAAGCAUUACUCAGGUGUUUCUCAUCUUGGUUCGAGUGUUUUUAGAAUCUUGAAAAAUCUUUUUUAUGAUUAAACCGAAACACUAUGAAAUGUUUUAAAAGUACUUUUAAUUGACUAAAAAUACUUUUUGCCUUCUCAAAGUUCAUCCCAAACCCAUGAGUACUUUUUACUUUGAUAUGAGAUUCGCAUAAAAUCUCAGUGGCUCAAACAAGUCUAGAAGUAGGCAUACGAAAAAGGAAUGUGAAACCUAGGGGAACGUGAUGGUUGUGUAUGUUGCCUAUGUUUAUUUCUCGUUGAAUUAGCAGUGUAUGUGUAUAAAAGAUUGUGUUAUAGAAAAAUAAUAGAUUGAUGUUGAUAUUGAUGAUUCAAAUUCAUUAAUAUAUUGAUGCUAACUUGUGUCUU